AAGCCCUUAUGUCCAAAUAAUCAGUUUCUGCUAAGUGCCGUUAUAUUUUUCGUAGUUAUUGAUUAUUUUAUAAGAUCUUUAUUGAGUUAAGUUUCACCUAACCUCACGUUUUAAAAAGAAUCAUGCCUCGCAAGGGCUUAACAUAUGGAAAAUGGAGCGAAGAAAACAUGAAGAAAGCAAUAAAACUGUACAAAACGGGAGAAUUUGGACUUAAUGCGAUCAGCAAGAGAUAUCAGAUUCCAAAGCCAACGUUCAAGAGGCAUUUGUUAGGGACAAAUGUCAAAGCAAAGGAAGGACUGAAAUAACUAGGUAGGGUCCAAGUAUUCAGCACCGAAGUAGAGCAGGAGCUAGAAAAUCAAAUCCUGAAAAUGGAAGAAAUUUUCUUUGGACUCACCAUUCAAGAUAUUAGAACAGCUGCCUAUCAGUUUGCAGAGAAGAAUG